AUGGAUUCAAAUCAUCAUAAUAUUAAAAUGGUCACGAAUGAUAAUAAAAAUGGCGAUGAUAAAUCUGAUGGUGAUGAUAAUGAUGAAGGAACUAGCAGCAAUGAUGAUGACGAUGAAACCGAAUCAGAUGAUAACGACGAUUCUACGGACGAAGUUGAUGAUGAUGAUGAUGAUGAUGAUGUUGGCGAUGAGAUUGAAAGUGAUGAUCAGGAAAAUAUAACCACUGAAAUAAUGAUGCCAUUGUCUCCAAAUAGUACACCCACUUGUUAUAUCUGUUUAAAUGUGUUCGAAGGCCAAGAUAUUGGCAGUCCCGAUUCAUGUGAAUCGAUGCAUCAUUUUUGCCUCGAAUGUAUCGAAGAAUGGAGCAAGCAAAUAAACACCUGUCCAGUAGAUAGAAAUUCAUUUUCGUUCAUCUUGGUUCGAAGGACCAUUAAUGGUGAAAUUGUCAUGAAGGUUCCAAUCGCUAAAAAAUCUGUGCUGGAAAUCGUUACAAUUGACAAUGAUGAUGUUACAUAUUGCGAAAUUUGUGGUCGAUGUGAUCGGGAAGAUCGUUUAUUACUUUGUGAUGGUUGCGAUUUCGGCUAUCAUUGUGAAUGUUUAAUUCCAGCAUUGGAAACGAUACCAGUCGAUGAAUGGUUUUGUCCUGAUUGUUUUGAACGAUUAUUUGGUGAUGAUACAAACGAAGAAAAUAAUCAACGUCGAUUGGCUCAACGUAGAGCGUUAGCACGAACUGGAGCAUUCGAAAGAGUUCGUAAUCGAAUUAUGGCUAGACGUUCCAACGUUAUGUCUCGAACUACUACACCUAGACGGAAAAAGAAACAGAAAAGACGAAAGAAAACAACAAAAAAACGAAAAACAACAAAGACCAAGAGCUCUAAUAAAACUAAAAAAACUCGACGAAGAAAAUAUAGGAAGCGUACAAAAAAAUCGAAAUUAUCCAUGAAACGUCUACCUGCAGCUGACCCACGAUCACGUUUGGCAACUAGGUUAGGUUUGGUUUGCAAGCCUAAAUCACCAUUUGGAAUGCCGGUUUCCAAACCAAUUAAUUUAACUCGCUCGAUAUCAGAAAUUCGACAACUUAGUGGCAUCGGCGGUCUUUCAAUGUUUGGCUAUGGUUUGGAAAUGAAUCAUCUUAGUUCCUAUGGUGAAGAUUUAUUCGAUAAUGCUGUUGUCGAUGAUUCGGCUGUUGGAAGCCUUGGAUUAUUGACAAAUACAAGACAUCAUAUAUUUGUCAAUAAUAAAUCUUCAAUUAAAACACCCACCGAAUCAUUAUCAUUGCAGAUACGAGAUUCUUCCAAUAUCGAUGUAUUGAGCGAGAUUAUGAAUUCUCAAGAAAUCCUACACGCUUCAUCGUCAGAUUUAUCAAUUGCUCGUGAUGGCCGAAUUUAUCUCAAAACAGAUUCCUCGAUAUCAAACAAUUCGAUUCGCCAAUGUCCAAACAAUUCUUCACCAAAUCAUUCAUCAUCAUCAUCACCGCCCCCAUCAUCAACAAAUAAUGGUAAUAGUUUCAAAAAUAAUAGUUCUUCCGAUAGGCUAGCAUCACUAUCGGGAAAUUCAUAUUUAUCCUCUUCAUCCUCAUCAUCUUCAUCGUCAUCGUCUGCACAUCAAGAAAGUACUAAUCAUACAGAAGAUAUAAGCUUUAUAAAACCAUCACCAGUGGUUUCAUUAAAUAUUGACAAUGAUGAUGAUGAUAAAAACAUUGAUAUGGAAAUGUAUAGUGACAUUGAAUCCUUACAAGAUGAUAACAAUAACAAAGAUUUUGAUGAUAAUCAUCCUGAUGAUGCUAGCGACAAUAAUGAUAAAAAUCAUAACAAUAAUCAACUUGAACAGUCACAAGAGCCUACAAAGAAACAUGAAUCUAACCCAGAAGAUGAUAAAUUAUUGACAAAUGAAAGUGAUAUUAAUUCAACACAAAACCAAGAAAAAAUUCCAAAAACGAUAACAGUAUUAAUAAUAUUGAAAAAAGGUUCGAAAAAAUCUCAGCCAGUUAAACUUAAACGACGCCCAUCGAUCAAUGAUUUAUUCGGUGACGAUUCUGAAGAUGAAGAUGACCACGAUGAAGUGAAUGAAUUGAAACAAUUGGUAGCUCAACAAGGAGGUAUCAAUGUGCAUUUUCCAAUAAAAAUGCCCAUCGUAUUGAAGACAAAUUUUCUUAGUGAUAAAAAUAAGUCUUUUAAUAACAAUGAUGAUGAUGAUAUUCCAUUGUCAAAAAAAUGGGUUCCCAUCUAUCCCGAAAUGAAUGAAACAUCCAAAAAUUCCGGAUCAAAAUGGAAAGCAAUUGGAGCUAAUUCUGAAUCAGAACAAAAAUCGACAUCAAAAACAAACGCAAAAGUUUAUACGGAUAAUGAUAAAAAAAAUGAAAAAUCAAACAACAAUAAUCAUCAUCAAAAAAUGGACAUAAAAAAACACGUGAUUUCUUCAAAAUUGCAAAGUUCAUUGCGAAAAGUAAAAGAUGAGGAAAAUCAGGACAUAUUUCCCGACAUUGAAUCAGUUAGAAUUAAAAAACCUGCAUCCAAAACGAAAGAUGAAACACCAACUAAAACGACAAAAAAACAACAGGAUAAUGAAAAAAUUUCACAUAAAAAUUCUACUUCAUCCGAUAAUAAAAUUCGAACCUGUAAGCAUGGAAGGCCACUUGCUCAUAAGAAUAAAGAAUCAUCAUCAUCAUCCUCUACAUCGACAGCUAAACAACGUGCAGCAGUCGAAACUACUACAUCAAGAUCCGUUCAUCAAAAAGAUCAUAGCAGCAGGAAACGUGAGCGUAGUGAUCCGAUUUUGGAUCAUAAUCAAGAUGAUCGAUAUGAUCAUCAUCGAAAAUUUUCCAGAAAUGAACAUUCAAAAUUGGAAUCGAAAGCUGUCAUUUGUCCGCCGCCAUCAUCAUCAAAUGUAAAAAUCACUCAAUCCUCAUCCAAAACUAAUAAUAAUAAUGACAAUCGUUUACGAGAUUCAACAUCAAAAGAUGAAAUCAAUUCAAAUGCAAAAAAUCAUCGUCACCACCAUCACCAUCAUCAUCGUCGUCAUCAUCAUCGCCAUAAGCAUGAUUCGGAAAAUAAUUCUUCAGGUGCCAAUUCCGGUCAUCGUCUUGUCGAAGAGAAGAAAUAUUCAGAGAAAAAAUCAAAUUCAAAAUCUAAUAUGUUUCAAUCUUAUCCGAAAAUAGAUUCUAAAGAAAUUUUUGCUCAAGGCGACAAAAUCAUCAUUAAUGUAAAUUUCAAAAAACAAGAAGAUAAUCAAACGAUUGAAAAAUGUGAUGAACCCAAAAAUGAAGUGAAACUUAAUAAAGGUAAUACGAUAGAAACGAUGAGUCCUGAACGUUCACAUUCUGAUGAUUCGUUGGGAAAAUUGAGUGAUGAUUCUAUUGAAUCGAUAACAAAUUUUCAUUUGGACCAUAACAAAUCCAAAACUGCAUCUUCAGAUUUGAAAGGAGUCUUUUCGGAUGAAUUUAAAUUCUUACCAAAGAGUGAGACAAAUAAUACAUCCACUGUAGUUACAACGAAAAAGGUCGAAAAUAAGAUGGAAAAAAUAUCAGAUUUUGAUGAAAAUGAUAUUUUCAUCGACGAUGAUUCAUUUCUGCCUACUCCCACUCAAGACGAAUCUCAAUCGCCAAUGCUGGGGACCGAUACCGUAACACGGUCAAAGCAAUCAUCAACAUCGGUGGUCAAAUCUUCCGGAUCUACUACUGGAGUAUUGCAAUCAUCUACAGCUAUUGAAACAAAUUUCGACAUGGCCAAAGAUAGUGAUUUUUAUGAUCCUGAGUUGCCUCUACAAAGUCCUGAUCAUUCGAAAAGUCCAAAUAUAGAAAAGUUUAGCUUUGAAUCGACGUUAAAAAGUUCCCGUUUGUCAAUUUCGAAAGAUUCUACUAUAUCUUCCGAACAGUCAAAUGUUUCGGCCAAAUUAGCUUCACUAAGUAAUUUCACUCAAAUUCUAGAAUAUGCCCAAACUUUGAAACAACAGCAACAGAACCCUUCAAACAACAGAAUGUCCAAUGCAUGCGGUAAAUCGCAAUUAAAAGCAAACUCAUCAACGUCGACGGUUAAAGAAAUGGCAGCCAAUCAUGAUAUAAUUGAAAUCGUUGACAUGGAUGUAGUUUCUCCUAAUAGUUUAUCUCCAAUCACAUCGCAUACACAACCAAAUCAUCCAUCAUCAUCGUCAUUAGCCAAUGUGAAAGAAAUUUGGGAUCAAAUCAUAAAAACUGCUUCCUCAAGACUUCAAUCGAAUAGCAAUUCCAAAAUCAAAUCGAAUGGUAAUGCUAAAAGUAAGAAUUCGAAAAAAUCGAAAGGUGAAUUUUUUGAUGGUCAACCCACCUCUGCUGUAGAUAUGGAAAUAAAAGAAAAGUAUUUGAAAAAGUUAAAUCGUCAGGAACGGGUGAUCGAAGAAGUAAAGCUAGCAUUGAAGCCGUAUUAUCAAAAAAAGAAAAUCAACAAAGAUGAAUACAAGAGUAUAUUACGAAAAGCUGUUCCAAAGAUUUGUCAUAGCAAAAGUGGCGAAAUUAAUCCAUCAAAAAUCAAUAAAUUGGUCGAAGCAUAUAUCAAACAUUUCAGACAUUUAAGGAAGAAAUCUUGAUGUGUAUUAUUUUAAUCUUUAUGAAUUGAUGAAUUGAUUGAUAUUAUUAUUAUUAUUAUUA